AAAUGGCCACUCUGCGGAUAAAGUGAGGAGUGGCGCGCGGACGGAGCGCGUGUCUGUAAUCCAGGAGUCUUUUGGUAUGCAGAGCAGCGAUUGACUGCAGAUUUCAUUUAACGCUUUAACUAACUGACUAAUGGCUUGUUCAGUGAACAUAAUGCAACAACUGCUGAGACGUCGGCAAGCGAGGUAGACAGACAGGAAGCUUUGGGGUAGACGAGGACACACCCGUACACUGUACCUCUCCGCCCCCCCUCUUUGCCUGCCCCGUUAUGCACAAUACGCCGGUGCGCCGAGAGCUACAGCAGACAGUGGCAGUCAGGAUUUAAGCAAUCCGAUGUGUUUUUGCCCUUUUCAUCGUGGCUACAAAGACGGCGGAGUGCAAUCCUCACUUCGAGGCUCCUGGGAACCUGAGGGACCACAGGGAAGAUUUAGAAGUUUAUUCAAGCAGUCCCACCCGGAAGCACGCUGUGGCCUUUAGAGCUCUCCGCUGUCAAGUCCCCUUCCAUUUGGAUUCUCUUCCUGCAUUUCCCCACCCUGCGGUGCCCCGUCUCUGUGAAAAGUGCAGGCCUCACCCUCCUGCAUAAUGACUGUGGCCACCGGCGACCCCUCAGACGAGGCGGCGGCACACCCUGGUCUUCCUCAGGACUAUGACCCUGGAACCGAGCAGGAGUGCUGUGAACGAGUGGUCAUAAACAUCUCGGGUCUGCGUUUCGAGACACAACUCAAGACCCUUUCACAGUUCCCUGAAACAUUACUGGGGGACCCCAAGAAGCGAAUGAGGUACUUUGAUCCACUAAGGAACGAGUACUUUUUUGACAGAAACCGCCCCAGCUUUGACGCCAUUCUCUAUUACUAUCAAUCAGGCGGAAGGUUGCGGAGACCAGUCAAUGUCACAUUGGAUGUGUUCUCAGAGGAGAUUCGAUUUUAUGAGCUCGGAGACGAAGCCAUUGAGAUUUUCAGGGAGGAUGAGGGUUUUAUUAAAGAGGAGGAAAGGCCAUUGCCUGACAAUGAGUUUCAGAAGCAGGUCUGGUUGCUGUUCGAGUAUCCAGAAAGUUCAGGGCCAGCCAGGAUUAUAGCAAUCAUAUCUGUAAUGGUCAUCCUUAUCUCCAUAGUGAGCUUCUGUUUGGAAACCUUACCCAUCUUCCGCAGCGAUGAGGAGGAGAUGCAUAAAGUUCCCGUUAACGUCAAUAAUUCCACAACCAGCUACACAUCAACCUACUUCACAGAUCCUUUCUUCAUUCUAGAGACGCUCUGUAUCAUCUGGUUCUCCUUCGAGUUCUUGGUGCGCUUCUUUGCUUGCCCUAGUAAAGCCAGCUUCUUUGUGAACAUUAUGAAUAUGAUUGAUGUGGUGGCCAUCAUCCCUUACUUCAUUACACUGGGAACAGAACUGGCGGAGAAGGCAGAGGACGGGCAGCAAGGACAGCAAGCCAUGUCCCUUGCCAUUCUGAGGGUCAUCAGACUUGUUCGAGUCUUCAGAAUCUUUAAACUCUCCCGUCACUCAAAGGGUCUUCAGAUCCUCGGUCAAACCCUCAAAGCCAGCAUGAGAGAAUUAGGUCUGCUCAUCUUCUUCCUUUUCAUUGGAGUCAUCCUGUUUUCUAGCGCCGUCUACUUUGCAGAGGCGGACGAACCAGAGUCGCAGUUCUACAGCAUCCCAGAUGCCUUCUGGUGGGCUGUGGUUUCAAUGACUACCGUUGGCUAUGGAGAUAUGGUGCCCACAACCAUCGGCGGAAAGAUUGUCGGAUCACUCUGUGCCAUCGCUGGCGUCUUGACCAUCGCCCUUCCAGUGCCCGUCAUUGUCUCAAACUUCAACUACUUCUACCAUCGAGAAACAGAAGGGGAAGAGCAGGCCCAGUAUCUCCAAGUUAACGUCCCCAAAGCCGAUUCGCAAGAAGAGCUGAAGGGAAGUCGAAGCGGAUCCACCAUCAGCAAAUCCGACUACAUGGAAAUCCAAGAAGGUGUCAACAACAGCAAUGAAGACUUUCAGGAAGAGAAUCUGAAGACCGCCAAUUGCACUUUAGCCAAUACAAAUUAUGUUAAUAUAAAAAAAAUGCUAACAGAUGUCUAGUUAAUUCUGGAGCGAGUAUGAACUGAAAUAUAAAAGGACUGGUAAGCCAUGUUUGAAGGAUUACUAUGAUGUUAAAGAGAUAUCCAAUCUCAAUUUACUUAUUGAAAGCUCAACCCUACAUCCAGGUCUGUCCACAGUCCAAAUAUUAAUAAUCAGUGUUUGCAUGGAGUCGUCAGCAUCAUCCAACAUCUUUUCCAGAGCCAAGUAUUUAUACAAAAAAAGCACAUGAUAUAUAUCCAUCAAGAUCUUACCUUCAAAGCCAAGCUUAGCCAAAGAAAAGUUAUUUGCGUGCUUCGUCUGCUGUUAAAAAAGGUUUGCGGUCACAUGCAGUCCAAUACACAGAUGUUUCAUCCACUUUGCUGCUCGUUUAAGAUCACCACAGAGAACAUUCACAGUAUUUCAGCGUUAUUGUGGUGAACAGGCUGGGAAUGUCAUUGAAAAACUGCCUGAUUCUGUGUCUAUAGUUGUGUGUGGAUCCAAAAUACGUAUGUAUGGACAACACUUGUAUCUACUAUUCACGAUUACCCUGCUGCAAAGCUUUUGAAGACGAGAUGAAUGUCUCUAUGUCACAUUUUCUGUUAUUUAUAGUCUACGGCGUCUAUGUCAUUCAAUGGUUGUCUUUUUCUCAUUUCAUACCACCUUUUAACUAUCCUUAUUUGUAGUUGUUUAGGAUAAGAAGCAUACAAAACAUGACAAAUGAUGAAAAAAACAACACCCUAGUGCCACAGAAAAAAGUGCUAGUGUAUUUUGUGUAAGAGCAUACUGUUCAGUGUAAUUGUUCUAUUGUUUCUGCUGCAAGCUGCAGAGAUAGUCCAAAAUGUAGUUGAUAUUCAAAUUACUUUGCCACUUAAUGAGCCAUAUUGUAGUUCACUCUUUAAUGUCCCCUAGCAAAUUUGUAGCACGGAUGUCGAAUUAUUUUUAAUCACUGGCUUGUCUAUUAUCUUGAAAUCCUUUUCAGAUGUUAGAACAACCUUGAUAAAGCUCGUUAGAUGUCUUUUUUUACUGCCUUUGAUCAAGAAAAACAGGUAUUAUAGUCCUGCAUGGCCUCAAUCCUAAUGGCAUGGAUUUUCAGCAGAACAGAAAGAAAUAUUCAGUUAGCUAUGUAUUCAGAAAAAAAUGUACAGUGUCUUGCUCUGUAUAUAUACAUAUAUACAUCUAUUUUUAUCUGCAAA